UGAGAGCGGACGUACGCGUCGAGUGAAGAAAAAACGCGCGCUCUUCAACGGCGAUCUCCUUCGCUGUUUUUCUUGUUCUUCGCCUGUGCCAAGGCGACGCCGCCGUAAGUUCCCAGUGAUAAUAGCGGGCUCUUUAAUCAGUGGGGGCAGCUGUGCGGCGAUUCAUAACUUUCGUUCAUAAAACUACCCGCGAACGGAAAUCAACAAGUGGAUAACGAUCGCCGCGCCGGCUGGCCUUGACAGGCCCUUUAAAAUACUUCUUGGAAUCGAAGUGUGCCGUGGAAGCUAUUGUUCGCGAUCGAAAUUGUGUUUUGCAUCGAAGGUGGCUCCGGCAUUUAUUCGUGUGUUUUGUGCUCGUCCAGCUAACCGUGCUCGUUCGUACAGCGUUACUUUUGGCCUUCCUUUUAGUGAACGUUUUUGUCGCAGCGAUCUUUUAUUCGAACGCGCAAAGUGUUUGUGUCGCCAGAGUGGGUUUUAGUUUCCGCUGUGUGUGCUUUACUGGAUUUAGAAACGGUUCCGGCAACACAAUCUCGGAGUGUCCCGCUUCAUGGCUGCAUCUUUCUGGCGAAAGCAACAAGAAACCGCCGACCAAGACGCCAAUGACCUUCGUGAAUGUAGCAGGAUCCCUGAAAGCCUAGCGACGACGCUGCAGCAACAGCAGCAGCAUCAACGAUCACCGGCAGAAUCGUACCGAAAGGCCAACCAAAACGAGGAAGAAAACGGUGGCGACGAAGAGCGACCCAGACAGAACCGGCUCACCAGCGCAAGAAACCCAGCGAUCCUCGAUGCGCUUGACUCCCUUCACCGCUCCCUGCUGUUCAGUAAUCUAAAGUUUGAUACCGCUGAACAGCAAAAGACUUUAGAUGCGGGCUGCCUCUCCCAAGAUAUCGAACAGGAGCAGCCAGUAGCAGGGCAAUUGGACAUAGUACACCCAUCCUGGCCACUUGAACCAACGGCGAUUGCGAAGGUAAAUAUUGCCCAAGGAACCAUCGCAACGGCAUCGCAUCGAUCGACGGAUGCACCGGAAACGAAGGGCUCUGAGUGGAGUGGCUAUAGGAUAUCCAAUUCCGGCGAUACGGAUGACAACAUCGUAGAUUGCGAGCAGGAAUCGCUGUCUGAUGGUGGUCCGGAUCCUAAUAAUAACACAAGUGGCAAUCGAGUAAAGAUGAUGGUCCAGAAGUACGACAAAGGCAAAGUGGGAGCCCGUGCCGUGGUUUGCGCUAGCGAUCAUCAUCCCGAUGCGCACUGCAUAGUCAAAGUGAAUCCGGGCGAUCGGUUACGUUCCAGCGUUGGUUUCGAGGGAGAAACGAGUGAUUUCGAGAGUGCCAGCGUCACCAGUGGUAGCAGUAUGGCGGCGGAUGAUGUUGGAAGGCGUAGCGUGCGGACGAGUUCGGCUUUUAGCGAAGGCAGCCGCGAUGUAGCCAGUAUCGAUCGCUUUGAUAUGGGGAUGGUGGAGCAAGCAGGAAUUGACGCUAGAAAUGUCCCGGCGGCAGUUGCUGCGGCUGGCCAUAGCACGAAGAUUACCAUUAACAUUAACUGUCGUUGUGAUACGGAUCCUCGCAGGACGAGCAAAGCUACGGCCGGAGGAGUGGAGGAAGCGAACAAAGAGAAUGUACAUAUGAACCGGUGCUCGGGAGCACACCAUGCGCAGCCACCGAAAUUGUCCCGAACUGAGUUCGAAAAGGCGCAAUCGUCGAAUCAACAGCACAAGAGCAAUGAAAGAAAGCAAGCACUAACGAAGGCGUCACCGACAUAUCCGCAAGACGGUGUUGAAGAUGAAACGGAAAAUGAAGAGCUAAUGGUACUGGAAAACGAAGGGGUGGACUCUUCGGAGGGAGGCUUCGAUGUAAUGGACCAAGAGGAACCAAACGACGAAGCCCUGCACAUCGAUCACCAUCGUUAUUCGGCGGGUAGUGGUCGUCACUGUCGGUCGCCCGAGGACGAGGAGUAUCUGGACUGUGAUGAACUACGCAACGAUUCCACACUUUCCUUUUACGAGGAAGCAACGUCGCAUCCGGUGACACCGCAAGAUCUGGCGAAGCAAAGUUCCACAACUGAAAGCCAUAAGGAACCGAAAGACGAUGAUAAGCCGAUGAUCAGCAUCGUGCAGGAGCUAACGGAGGAUCAGCGUGAGGUCAUGUCGACCAUAACACUAAACAAGGCACAGAUCAAGGCGAUGCAGGAGUACAAUGAUAAGCUGGCGACGACCAAGCCGAAACCGGACGAAGAGGAAAAGCCAGAGAAAAGAAGGAAAUCUCACGAGGGCAACAAAAAGCGGCAUGGCAAGGUGAAUUUCAAUCGUCAGCAGCGCAUAAUGGAUGAUAAUUUCUGCAACGAAGUACUCGACUCAGCCAUCCACUUUGACCGGUUGUACGGUCUAAAUCACGCCACUCAAAAGGCUUCAGCAAUGGAAGGAGACAGCGAAUCGUUGCCCGCAUCAUCUCCUACGGGUGAUCCGGCGAGGGAAGAGUGUUUCAGUGAUCCGGGGCUCUGUGGAGGUGGUCUUACUUCACCCGGUGAAGAGUCCUUCGAUUCCAGCGUUUCCUUGGGGAAACUCGAAGGAAAGGCACGCUAUUCUGGCAGAACUGUCGGUCGUUUGAUGCUGACUCGUUUGAAAAAGCUUCAUCAGCAGGCUACUGGUUCUGGAAAACAGGGACGUGUCAACAACGUAGUCGAAUCGGAGGCGUCCACUAGUUCUUCACUGUUGCACACGAGUGGCCCGAAGAAACCUCCGCGAACGUUCGCCGACUCUCCCAAGAGAUCCUCUACCUGUGCGCGUAAAGAGGAACCACGUGCUCCAAACGUCGUGCCGUCUUGCCCAAGGCGAGAGGAUCUCGAUGGGAGCGAUCCAUCGAAUGGCCAGAUCGGUUGGAAGGUGGAACAACAAGCAGCCCACUCCCGUCCAAAAUCGCACCAAGUCGGCUGGACAGUGCCGGCUGUGACGGAAGCCAAAAACCAAUCCAUUCCAGAACAGGUAUACAGCAUGCUACACUACUCGGAAGAUGAAAGCCGAAAGCAGCUGAUCCGGAAGGGCAAUUCUAAAGCGGUUCCACAACAAAAGUCCACGUCGACUGGCGGUGCGAAAGAAAUCCGCACGUUAGCUAAUGCUGCGGAAUCGAAACUCGGUCCUCGGCUAUACAUUGAUACGGUGGAUGGUGUUGGGAAUGCGGGCCAUGAUGAGCCAAAGACACCACCACACCGGCGUCACUCCUCUUCCACUGAUUUCGAACGCUUCGCCAGAGAAUCCAACGUGAAGAGCACCCCUCACCGGCGUGAACAUCGUGGAGGUAUGCAAACCAGUAUCUCCAGUGCUACCACUCGCCGUAUUUUAGAGGAAUUUUUGAACGAAGAACGUGCCGCACAACACCCAGCAGCAGUGGCUCACCGAGGAAAGCUGAAUGUAGGUGAGCGUAGACGUCGAACGACGGGCGGCAUUUUCGAACGGCGACGAUUGCAGCAGGAGAAUUUUUUAGACGAUGCCAGGCGCACGAACCAUGAACCGCGGCGAAAAAUGCGCAAAUCGGCUCCUGCAGCUCCGGUUUCGUCAAACCGUCGUACUGAUGAGGUUGUCGACGGUCCGAUUCUCCAGCGUGCCUCCAGUCGCUCGAGCGUCGCUACGGCCGGGAAGAUCGCAAAGCGCCGAACAUUCCGUAAAGCCGUGCCUCUGCUGAAGCAUACGCGCUCAAUUUUCGAAGCAUCGAAGAAGAAAAUUUUGGCCAUCAAGAAAUUUGAAACACCCAAAAAAUCUAACAACGCUCUGCCAGUUGAUGAGUGGGAUGGGCCAAGUAUGCCUCCCGAUCCAAACAUCAAUCGGCACAGCUCGGUCAAGAAGAAGCACGCUCUGCAUCACAAACACCUGGGCUACACACCGGAUAACUUGCGCUGCAAAUCGUGCUGCCAGUCCGCUCAGACGGAACAGCUCCUGGACGAGGAAAGGAUUGCGCCUUCGAAGCGAAUUUCAAAUGUGCAUUCGGUUGCGCCGGGUCCACGCAGGUCACGGGGCAAUGUCGAUAAGGAAAAUCGUUUUCCUGCGAACGGGAGUGCAAAUGGGAGUGAUAAUCGGAAAUCGGCACGCAGUUUGAACUUUGCCUCGGCUCCACCACCAACGCGACAGCGGGAGCAACAACAGCAACAGCAGCAGCAGCAACGUCGUAGAACUGCUUCACCGGAUGAACGUUCAGACGAAGCGGAACCUUCGCCGUCUCCACCGAAGGUCACCAAAUCGUUAACUGAUCGAAAGUUUAUGAAAUCUUUAAGGAAUCUCAAAAUUUCACCACGAAAGUUUUUCCGGUUCGCGUCCAGUGCCGAUGCGGCAGUCAGCCGGCAGUGUACGGCGGGGAAUAGUAAUGAAGCAACGACAAGUCAUGGGCUCGGCGAAUUUCACUCCUUCGACGAUCUGAAUCUCGAUAAUGUGGCCCAUAUGGGAGAUUUCCUGAACAACAUUCGACAGAUCGUCGAGCGACCGGCGGCAAUCGGGGUGGAACGAGGCUCUCCUGGCAGUCACCUGGCAAGUGCGAUUGAAGGGGAACCGAUCUAUCAAGAGAUAUCUCCCAAGAAAGGCAACAAAAUGGUACUGAACGAGUUCAUUAGCAGCGAAACGAACAAACGCUACCUGAUGGUAAACAACGAUCCCAACAUACUGUAUGCGACGGUCAGCAAACCGACGGCACGUGGCCGAGCAACGCUACCAAGAUCUAGAUCAUUUACGGACGUAACCGUAACGGGUGUGUCGGACCCCGUUGAAACUUCAACGCCCGUGAGGAAACCUCUUAAUAAUAUCUGCAAGAGUCAGGUGAAACCUACCAAUCGACAGCGAGCUAGUUUUUCACCGCGUACUGCAAUACAGCACUCUAGCCCACAACGGUCACAGGACAGUAGCAGCCGGGACAGUGAGACUUCCGAGAACGAUGAAGAGGAGGACAUGGAAAACGAUGCAAGUUGCCUGUAUCGAACAGCGGUGACGGGCAGUAGCUACCGUUCUUGUGGCAAUGAUCGUAGACGACGAUCUACUAGCAGUACCUCCCACACUACGCGACGCUCCCUGUUUAGUCCGGACAAGUCUUUCCGAUCGCCGCGACAGGAAACUGAUGAUGACCAUGAUAUUUCGGUUUUGCAGCAAGAACAGGAUCGUGGUGCUCCAGUGCAGCAGAAGAAGCAGUUGGAGGAACAAGUGCAGGAAUCGCUUAUCGUGAGGGAACGGGCCGAAGAACGAUACUCCGCCAUUCGAUUGGAACACGAGCGAUUCCAGAAGCAUCCAUCGGAUAGACUGAAUCGUAACGGAUCAUCGGGUAUGCGUAGGCUUAGCCCUAGGGCAGAUAGUGAACAAAGCUUUGCAUUUGAGAAGGACAUCAUCGUUGAGGUAGAUUACAUGGGCAAUACAAUGUGUAGUGAUGGUGGCGAGGGUUCUUCUGGAGGACGUAAGACAACUAGAAAAAUGGCGCCGAUUAUUAGUUUCGAUACGGAUGGCGAGAUCGAAUCCCUGCACCGCUACCAGGAUCAGGAGAUUAGUGAGCUCGUGAGUUCGUUGCACAACAAUGUAACACUCUCCGACAUUGGUACACUGGAAACGGGAAGCUCAGUGGCCGCAGAAGAGGAGUCUGUUGGCUACGAUACGGUCGAUUUCGUGGUGCCAUCCUGCAGCCAUCAACAGCAGCAGCAGCAGCAGCAGCAGCAGCACAUGAGCGCUCGGCUUGAAGGAACAGGGAUUUCGGUAGAGAUACCGAAGAAUGACCCACGGAAUCUGACGGUCAACACAGAGGAUGCAUCGAAGCUGAUCAGUCAGGUGGAUAAUGACAGCACGUACUACACCUCGAACGCGUCACCACCGAUGUUGGGCUCACCCUCUAGCGGCAAACACUCAUCUUCCUCCGCCUCUUCUGGAGCUGCUGUUAUGCGCAAUUUGAAGGAGAAACUGAGAGCAUCGUUCCGCAAGAGCAAAAGCUUUAUCAAAACGGAACGUCAACGCAUUGCGGCCUUAAUUCGCGAGGAACGUACCGGGGAUAAUAAAUAUGUCUCCUCAUCAACCUGCUCAUCUUCGUCCACCUCACCACGACGCCAACCGCAGCACAGCUCACGGGCACGCGACGAAGCAGAUACGGAUGAUACUUAUCGAUCGCUUGAUCCCAAUGACUCGCAGGCACGCAAUAUCGCCGGAUCAGUUACCGAACUGACCAACCGGUACAUGUCCAAGCUGAUGGCACAAAUUCAACAGCAACGUGAUGCCCAGAAACAGCUGAAACAGGCAGUAGCGAUAUGCCGUACGACGCGCGAGUUCGAAUGCUCAACCGAACUGAUCGAAGCGGAACGCUUGCUACUACUGGCCACCCUAAAGGAAACGGCCGCCCGGAAUGUGCUGAAUAACAUCGAUUACACGGCCAACGGGAUGACGCUUGCCGAUCGUAAGCGUAUCGGUAGGGUGGCGUUGAAUCAUUUCGAGUUUCCGCUCAAGCGGACCGCUCUCGCCGAUACGCUGUUCAACUACUUCUAUAUUGUCGUGUGUUCGUACAAGAACGAGGUAAAGGCAACACCUGCUAAAGAACGCCGCACUGAUGGGCACGUGUGUUUCCGAGACUGUGAGAUUGAGUUCCUGGAUCUGGACGCGGACUACGAGAUACGCGUUGAGGUGUUUGUGCUGCGUUUGCGAAAGAAUGUGAAGAACAUCAGCUUCGAAAAUCGAUAUCAUCCGGACAAGGAUUCGAAAUAUGCAGCUACAUGCCCAUCCCCCUCGAAGCUCCGCAGAGCCGGCAAGAUGCUGUCGUUCCGUUCCAGUUCGCCGAAGAAUUUUGAUUUAGAUAAUGAAUUGUCGCGCUUUAAAUCGCAAGGCUACCUGACGCUCACCUCGUCCACGCUCGCUGCAGCUAACGUUGUCGAUGUAGCUGCGGAAGAGGAAACAAGAACACCAUCACCACUCGGCCAAACAAUCGAUGGAACGUACCUUACUGCGGUUACGAACCAUACGGCAGAGACGACGACCUCCUCUGGGCUGCUAGGGUGCGAAGAAACGACCAACAAUCCGUAUUAUUCCGUUUCGAGCAACUUUCAGCGGAUGGUACGCCGCCAGGGAAACCACAACGUAUUCCUGGUAGAGGAUUUUAAGUAUUUGGCGUUCGAUUCCAUGGCAUACAGCUCGAACAUGACCGGCACGAUUGGUAUGAGCAUUAGCAGCGAGGUACGCUUUGAGAGCUCGGACGUAAGUGGUUUCCUUGAUGUGGGUUCGAAGGUUAACGAACGAAUCAGCUGGAAUCGUCGCUGGUGCAAGAUGAAUGGUUUUACGAUGGAGUUCUGGAACUAUCCACAAGAGUGCCACGAAAAGCAACCGAUACUCUACAUCGACCUGGUGCGGUGCGUCAACGAACGGAUUGAGUUGGCCGACCGGUCGAUCUGCUCACGAACGCGAACCAUGAAGAUUGAUAUUUCCACAUCCAAGGCAGCUGGUUCCGGCAUGAGUUGCAGUAGCAGUGGGAUCGGAAGCUACAGAAGCACUGGUGGCACCUCUACUACCAGCCCCAGCUCCGAUCGUAGCAACUUGACGUAUCAUCUGCUUGCCGCGGACUCGCAGACGGAGCUGAACCGUUGGAUGAAUGAGCUGAAUCGGGUGGUGAAGUUCUUGAAGGAAUGGAAAAUUUAAUGCCCACACGGCCAUCUCCCCCCCCCCCCCCCCCAUGUUGGCGCGAUGCUUGAUUGCAAUAUUAGAGAUCAUUCAAUACAUUUCUGAUGCUAGAGCAUUGCGGUGUUUUAGAGUGCCUUUGUUUUAUAUAUAGAACGACAGCCUAAACAAGAUUUCAUAUAGCUUACUAAUGAACGGUGGUAGGACCAUUCUAAUGCCCUCCACCACUCAAACUAAGACUGUGCUCAGUUGUAAUCGUUGAGUCGGCUGCCAUAUAUCCUGUGCGGUGGUCUGCAAUGGCGACGAUAUAUUACUUUUAAGAUGUUAGGUUACUUUCAUUCUAUUGCGCUUCAUUUCCAUCGUUAAUUUUAUGUUUGUAAAAAAAGAUGAUUCGGCAUGAUUUAUGUGCUCACAUUCCUGGAAUUGUUACGUUUUGUUAGUACGAUAAGGUAGGUGGCAGUAGCUUCUCAAAGGGAAUAAGAACACGAAUAGCUAGCGGCCUUUGCUUCCCGUGAACUGCUUGGAUUUCUCAUGAUAAACCAUUCGAUGUAGGUCGAUCUCAUCGCUUGUGAGUAAGGGUACGCAAGAACAUAGAAAUAGGAAUUGCACGGUGAAUAUGCUACCCUGCCUCCACCAACAAGAACUAGUGAAUUGUAGUUAGUGAGCCAUUGAAUUCAAAGGUGAAUAUAUAGGUCAGUCUGGUCAGGCAAGGACUUUGAAGUCCUUAGGGGAAUUCCAGUGUUCUGUUCUCAUAGGUUAUUGUUAUUAGUGGUCACAGGUUACAGCUUGCUAAAUCGAUUGUUUGGAAGAAAUCUCAUGGUAGCGACGAAAUAAAAUCAAAAAGACUUGCGGACAUCAAGUUCGU